AUGGAGCUAGAACCGCCGACCCCAGCGGGUGCGACGAACGAGCAAUCCCUCCUCGAGACCGCACACUCCCUCCAGACCCUCCUCACGACUCGCCUCGCCUCUUCUUCCACAUUGCCAGAUCUAUCAGCCGCCUCCCUUCAUCGUCUCACUGCAACAUCGCCUACCUCGGUACACGACCUCCGUGCCGCGCUCGCCUCGACCGUCUCGACCCUCCGCUCCGGCGUCUCGCAGUUCUCCUCUCUCGCGCUACCUAAAGCCGAUUCGGUGGCCGGGGAAGAGACGAAGGACGUCAAGGCCAGACGGGACCGCUACCUCACCCUCCUGCGAGAUGCAGCAGGGACCGAAUCGUCCUUGCUGGCGGCACGCAAAGACGAUGCGGAACGGGCCAGGCGAGUUUUGAAACGGCGAAGACGAGACUACGAAGAUGUAUGGGAGGUGACCACGCCGCGGAUGAGCGGCUCGGACGGGCCUACCGUGUUGAGCGUGCUCGAAGGUCUGGCGAAAGAGCUUGAGCUCGUCACGUUUCGCGACGACGACGGCAUCGACGGCGGCAGGAAAGACGGACCCGUAACGCUAAGCGUCGGAGGGAAAGUCAUGGUUGUCGACUUCGAAGUCGUCGGUGAGAUGGACGUCGCGAAGGUCAAGGUCGCCUAUGUCGUCGACGGGCAGGACCUGCAGUGCUCUGUUGCAGCGGAAAAACUGCAAGGGCUGCUGCGGUGCUCUCAGGAGGAAAAGGAGGACGAGGCAGUGAGGCAGCGGUGUUGGCGGGGCGUCAAGACUCUGCUCGAGCAGCUGAAGGAGCUGGACGAGGCGACUGAGCGGCUGGGGCAGGAUUGCUUCACAGCGCUGAACCGAACGCUUCCGGAUGACCUGAAGUCUGCGCUUCCGCUCCCUGCGAUAAGAGCGGAUGCUGAAGACGUUCAGCUGCCGCUCCUCCUACCGACUCUUUCAUCAUUCCAGCCCUUCCUUGUCUAUCACGCCACGCCCUUCGCCCGGCUCUCCGCAGCCUUCGCAUCCACCAUAUCCUCCGCAACUUCCCCUGCCGACCCGUCCUCCUCCACGCCCCCACUCAAACUCUCGCUCCGCCAGGCAGGCGUCUACAGCCUCCGCAUCUCGCUCGCCGCGAUCGAAGACGACCUUGGCGCAGCAGGAAAAGACUCGCAGACCUACGUUGCUACGCUCGACCCGCCUGUCCCGUUUGAGGCGGCGACUGGUCGUGCGGUCUGCAAGGUGCUGGGCAUCGAGAUGCGGGCGGCGAAGGAAGGAUCGGAGACCCCGCUCAUGAGGGCGCGGAGUCAGGAAAGAGGUCUGCUUGACUUGUUGCUUCCGCUGACGGGCGGCGAGCAACGGGAAGCGGAUCAGAGGACGCUCGAAAUGGCUUUCCCUGCUUCUCCCACCGACAUCGCCCUCACAAUCCGCUUCACCAUCGCUCCCAUCGUCGGCAACACCCCCGAACCCGCCUUCCUCGCCACGCACCUCCGCUUCAAGGCCGCUCGGGACCUGCAAGACGCGCUGAAAGUGCUGGAAGCGCAAGUGCGGAUGAACGAGUUGGUCAAGAGCGUCGCGCUGGAGCAGGAGUUGAGAAGAGAGCGGGAUGGUCAGGGUGAUGCGGCAGUGCCGGACCCGAAGCGGAGGAAGGAGGUGGGCCCAGCGGAGGCGAAGGAGGAAGUGAAGAUCUCGCUGGACGAUCUUUUCGCGGCGCCGAGUGCCAACUCGCCCCUCAUCCUCCCCGUCUCGAUCUACUACCCCUCUCCCGCGUCCGCCCUUCCUUCCUCCUCUUCCACUCCCGGUCCAUCGCUCGCCCUCUCCUUCCCCUUUCCUCCCAUCUCACCUUCCUCACCUCUCACCGGCCUCCCCCUCACUCUCACUCUCACAAGCCCGUUCCCAUCCGCUGAAUCGCCAGACGAGCGGACGUACCGCGUUUCCUUCGUGGCGCCUCAAGCAGUCGUUGAGGCGCUCAGCGGAGCACGGGGGGAGGAAGCGCUGGAGAAGCGCGUAGAGAGGGUGUUGGUGGCCACGGGCAAUUUGGGCUUGGAACUGAGGGCGGUCGUAAGGGAGCUGGGAAGGGUGGUGGGAUCAAACGUGUCGGGAGAGUAG